CCUCCUCCCUCAGGAAGGGGAGCACCACACCCUGUCAGCCAAUCAGAGCUCGGCUCCACCUUCUCCAUCACAUCAUCUCAGUUUCCAAGUGGGAUUGCCACAACAUCAAAGCCACCUCCCUCCCUCACUUUCUCUCUCUCUCUGUCUUCUCUCUGCGUCCUCCAACAUCCACCACUCAGGAAGAGAAUCAGGAGAGGAGAUGGACUAAAGGAGGAGAAGAAGAAGAAGAGAGAUGUGUUUACUCCAAUGAAGCUCGUCCACUGAAAUUAGGAAUCCUGCGCCUCUCUCUCCCUCUCUCACACCAUGAGCGUCUUAGCUCUCUCGCCCGUGGCUCCUGAGCCGCUGUCUCCGAUGGUCACCUCUGUCACUCCGACCCUGGACCUCGACACCUCCACCUCCCCCACCACCGCCACCACCGCCACCACCACCAACCCCUUCACCUUGGACCAGGAGCAUCAGUCACAGGAUGGGGAGUCCUCGCCGGGCCCCAGCCCCAGCCCCGGCAGCCUCACUGAGGGAGGGCCUCACCUGGGGAGAGACCCCCGCCACAGGUCAAAGAAACCUCCUCCCCUUCACACCGGAGCCGACUGGAAGGUCGUCCUCCACCUGCCGGAGAUCGAGACGUGGCUGAGGGUGACCAGCGACAGGGUCACGCAGCUCACACACUCUGUGGGACAAGACAGCGACCACAGACACGUGGACGUCCACCUGGUGCAGCUCAAGGACAUCUGUGAGGACAUCUCAGACCAUGUGGAGCAGAUUCAUGCCCUGCUGGAGACAGAGUUCUCCCUGAAACUGUUGUCCUACUCUGUAAACAUCAUCGUUGACAUCAGGACGGUGCAGCUGCUGUGGCACCAGCUGAGAGUCUCAGUUCUGGUCCUGAAGGAACGUCUGCUGCAGGGUCUGCAGGACUCCAACGGAAACUACACCCGCCAGACCGACAUCCUGCAGGCCUUCAGCCAGGACCAGCACGAGACCCGCCUGGACGCUCUGACGGAGGUGGACGACUGCGGUCAGCUGACCAUCCGCUGCAGCCAGGAUUACUUCUCUCUGGACUGCGGUAUCACCGCCUUCGAGCUAAGCGACUACAGCCCCGGUGACGAGCCUGAGGCCCAGGGACAGGAGCCAGAAGGCGAGGAGGAGGAGGAGGAGGAGGAGGAGGAGGAGGAAGGAAGGAAGGAGGAGGUCGAUCAAGCUCAAGGCCCAGAGCCAGAACCGGGGUCAGAGGAGAGCGAAGGAUCCUCAAACCACAAACUCCAUAACAGUUUACCUGAACUCACCACGCCCGGUGACUCAACAGACCACACCCACCCUCCUUCAGUAGUACCCACAAUGCAAUGCGGCAUGUCCAAUCACAGUGAGAGUGCGAAGCGCCCGCUGCAGGGUGUGAGCCACAGCACUGAGGUGUCACCCACACAACCGUCACUCCCUAAGAGGGCUGCCCUGUUGUCAGACGGAGGAACGAGGGGACAUCUGGGGAAGAUCAGUCCGCUCUCCGGGCUCCAGUUCCAAGCCGAGCUGAGUCGGAGCACCCCCUCUCUCAUGGAUCCUCCAGACCGCUCCAAGUUCUGGUUGGAGCUUGACUCAGUUUACCCAGAAAAUGUUUCACAGUCCUACGAGAGCCUGCAGGUCAUGAACGGACGCAACCUCCAGAGAAGCCAUAUGAGCUCCAGACACGGUGGACACCCAGAGGGGUGCGCACAGAGACCGCUGACCGACCAGAGGAGCUCGUCUGCGGCCGGCCUGACCGCCGACGCCCCCCUGCCUCUCCAGGACCUGAUGUCUCAGGAUGAAAUAUCAAAACAAAUGGACAGGACGAAGAUGAAGACACACACACACAGUGAGGGGGACUCUGACUCCUCGUUGCCCUCCCCCAUGAGAGAGCAGCUCCUCUCCUCAGACCCGGAGGUGUCUGGGGAGGAGUCGGACCCCCGACCACCUCCCGGCAAGACAGCGGUCUGGAUUGUGAAACGCCAGGGGCAGAAGCAGGGGGCCCAGGUCUCAUCAAAAGCCAGCCCAGAGAGAGAGCACUGGUACGGGUCAGAGGAGUUCCUGGCUCUCCCUGCUCAGCUCCGUAAGACGGAGAUGCUCGCCAUGAAACUGGAAAGUCUGGCUCAUUCCAUCCCACUGAGGCCCGGUGCUUGUGACUCUGCCCAGGAGGGUUUGCAGGAUGUGGAUGACUGGGAUUUGACGGAACUAAACCCAGAAUGGGACGUAGGCGAGAGCGGGGACAACAUCAGCAGCGUCGGGGAGAGCGGGGACGACGUUCCUUCACCUCUGCCACCGCUGCUUCCUUACAGACGAAACUUCGUCAGCCGCUUUAGCCCCACCUCCUCCAGCGAUAUUGCUCCCUCGUUAGAUGAAAGCAUAGAGUCCGGCCCGUUCAGUGACCUGCAGUCGGAGGAGGACGAGGGACGGAGGUCCGCAGACAGGCGACUGCAGCUCGCAGUGCCCCCGAUGGACGUGCGUGGAGGUGCUUUCCUGGUGCAACAGCUGCUGGAGGACAUUCAGAGUCAGAACAACGACCCGGACAUCUGGAAGAAGAUGGAGUGUUUCGUGCAGCAGUUGGACGGGUUCAUCUCGUGGCUGCAGGAGGCGCUGGACAGCACGGAGAACUGGACGCAGCCCAGACAGGAGCUGGACAGCCUGAGGGUAUACCUGGACACACACCUGAGUUUCAAGCUAAACGUGGACGGUCACAGUGCUCUGAAGGAGAAUAUAAUGGAGGAAGGCAGAGUGCUGCUCACCGUCAUCACCUCCCACCAAUCAGCUCUGAAGGAUAUCCUCCAUAUGGUUUCCAGCCAAUGGGAUCAGCUCCAGCGGCAGAUUCGGCGCCAACAUGGCUGGAUGCUCCGCGCCCUUCACUGCAUCCAGGCCCGCCUCUUCUACACCGCCCAAUCGCACGAGCCUUUCACGGCCUCGGGGGACCCGUCGGCCAAUCGGCAGGCUCUGUGCCCGGCGGACGGCCUCAAGGCUGAGCUGAUCUCCGGUCAGUGUGAAGUCCAGCGAGCCGCUCUGGAGCAGAUGGCGAUCAAACUGAGCAGCCUGCACUACCCCUCACCCACCAACAGGAGGCACUACAGCCAGCUGGCCAUGAGCAACAGUCUGCAGGAAUUCGAGGCCGAGUACCAGGAGCUCUGGGACUGGCUUAUGGACAUGGACGCCAUGGUAACGGACAGUCACCAGCUGAUGAUGUCAGAGGAGCAGAGACACCAUCUCUUCAAGAGCAGCCACAUCGAGCUGAUGAUGAUGGAGAGCAGGAAGACCAGCCUGCUGGGCCGAGCCGAGUCUCUGAAGAGGAGCGGGACCGAACUGCCGAGCAACUUCCACCGCAAAAUACACAACCUGACACACACGUGGAGACAGCUGGAGAAAAUCCUCUCGGAGCAUUCAGGACGAGGUUCGUCCCAGCAGAACCAGUCCUCCUCCUCUUCUUCUUCUUCUGCCAACAUGAACUCUCUGCUGGUCGGCGGCCGAGACGCGACGGCGGAAAACCCUCGCUCCGCCCUCUCGCCGCUGACCAACUCGCUCCUGGAGCAGCUGGAGGCUCGUAUCAAGGAGCUGAAAGCGUGGCUGAGAGACACCGAGCUCCUCAUCUUCAACUCCUGCCUCAGACAGGGCAAAGACGCCUCGGCACAGCUGCAGAGCUUCAAGUCUCUGUGUUCGGAGGUGCGAAGCCGACGAAGAGGAGUCUCCUCUGUUCUGAAACUCUGCCAGAAGCUGCUGCAACAGAGCCAGUCGGGACCUAUGGCGGAGGUGGGCCCAGAGGCGGAGCAGCACCGUGAGGCCCUGCAGCUGCUGUCAAUCAACCUGGAGAGGAGGUGGGAGGCGAUCGUGAUGCAGGCGCUGCAGUGGCAGAACAGACUGAAGAGAGAGCUGGGAGAGCAGCAGGUUCCCGGGAACUUUCUGGAACCGGGAUUAGUCGACCUCCACCAAAUCAGCCCGGUCCCAGCAUGCCCAGUGGCGCCGGCUCCGGACGACUCCUGGGAAUGGGAUGAAACAGAUAUGACAAUCACAGAACCAGAACCACAAGAAGUACCAGAACCCGAUUUUAUGCAAAACCUCCCCGCACAACCGAAUCUGCCUUCGGACAGCGUUCUGUCCAACGGGAAUCAACCCAACAGGAUCCAGACAGAUGUCCAAGCCAAUCAGAGUCCUGAGGUCGUGGCUUCAUCUGAGCCCAGCGUGAGCUCCCAAACUCUUCCCCCCAACAACAAUAACGUCUACCAGGUGUACAGCCUCCAUAACGUUGAAUUAUACAAACAGCCUCAGUUUCCUUACACUUCCUCCACGAUGCAGAAAACCAAAGCAGGAAAAAGACAACAGCAUCUGCUGCUGAAGAGCCUGAGUAAAGACUCCUCGUUCUCCUCCUUGGAAUCCCUCCCUGACGUCAUCGGGGAUAUGAUGCCAAACGGCCGAGGAGGAGGAGGAGAGUGGUUUGUGGGAUACAAGGAUGGGGAAAACGAGAGGGAGGGGGGCAGGGGAAGCGGCCAGUCGGCGAACAGUCGACGUUCAGAGAGCGAGAGCGGGAUCGUCAGCGAUACGGGAGACACCGAGACGAUAACCAACAACUCUGAAAUCCAAGAACAGGAGGAGGAUGAGGAGGAGUCCACCGUAGUCCAUGUUACUCUGCACAAAGACAAUUACAACCAAAGAAGGAGGAGGGAUGAAAUCAGAGGUGAAAGCAGAAGAAACAGAGAAGAGGAGAAGAAGAGGAGGCACAGGAAGGGAGGAGGGGAGGCGGUUGAGAUCCUGAUCAACGGGCGUGGGAUCCUGACCCCCGCCGACUCCGACUCUGACUUUGAGGUGGGAGGCCUCAGUGUAGACUCAUCCAAGCCUUUCCCGUCCCGCUGUCCUGUCACAGAGUUCAAAGCUGACCAGUAUAACGGUUUGGAGACUCCUCCCGUGCUCAGCCGCCGGGCGUCCAGUCCGUUAUUAUCUCAGGGCUCCUCUCUAGAGUCCCUGCUGGCUCUGGGUGUGGAGUUAUUCCCCUCCAAAGACCUGCUCCAUCGCAGCGCCUCUAUGGAGAGCUGCCUGGUCCCCAGUCGCAGCGCUGAAAGGGAGACCACCGGCAGCCUGGCCAGCCUCGGGGAGCUGGACCUGGGGCAGAGCAGAGACGAGGAUGGUGGUGAACCAGCAAAGGAGAAAAACAACGAAAGUGCACCAGGAGAACCUUCCUCUGGGGAGCUGAGUCGAAGAACUCUUGAUCUCCUGAAACGCUUAGAGAACAUUCAGAGUCCCUUGGCGGGGAAGAUGACCCGCAGUGUUUCCGAUAUGACUCUUCGGAGCAGCUCUCCGCAGCAGAGCCGACUCCCUGCCUCCCCCUCCCUCGGCGGCCGACACCCUCCCCUCUCCGGGAUUUCAGGCUCCUCACGGAAAGGUCCACCGUCCCUGAUCAAUGAGAGUUCAGCGACGGCAUCGUUAACGGAGCUGAGCAGCGCCGAAGACUCGUCUCUGGGGUCUGAAGAUUUCGCCGGGCUCAAAAAACACCGCCACCUUCUUCUGGAUCCCACCAUGGCGGCGAACGCCAACUCAAGUUCCCAUCAUAGGAAACGUUGCCACGGCAACAGCCGAGGACAGGGGAUAGAUGAAGCGGAUGGGGCGAGCCUGAGCAUGGUGGUCAACGUGUCUUGUACGUCGGCGUGCACGGAUGAGGACGAGGACGACAGCGACCUCCUGUCUUCCUCCACGCUCACUCUGACCGAGGAGGAGCUCGGUGUACGGGACGGAGAGGACGAGGAGGAGGAGAGGCUGAGCGGCACCUCCUCUGGUAACGAAGACGACGAGGAUGAUGAUGAAGAGGAGAUGGAGGGGUCUUACGUGCUGGGCCUGGAGUACAUGAAGAGGGAGCUGCAGAGUUGGAUACGACCUCGCACCUCCUCUUCCUCCGCCUCUAAAACAGAGGCAGGCCUCCGGGACGAGCUGCAGUGUGGGACCAACCUGUCCUCCACCUUCACCUCCUCCUCCUCCUCCUCCUCCUCCUCCUCUCAGAACAAGGAGCAGCGCUGCUUCCUAAACCGCUCGGCUGCAAAAUUAAUGGAAGCUAACACCAACAGCAGCAACAAUAAAACAAAAAGGGAUAAGAAAGAACAAGAGGAAGAGAACAGGAUCAACGCCACGAGAAGCUACAUCAGCCAGUUUGUGGACGACGUAGAAAACGGAAACGUGGACCAAAGCUGUUUAAAAGGGAAAGACGAAGACGAUGAACUCCUCCGCGAGGAGUCCAGCGUGUUCACAAAGAAAGGAGAGUCACACAGGGAGUCGUACAUGUUUGCCAAAACUGGAGAGUUAGUUCGGGACGUCAGCGACUUCAUAGCGAAAACAGAAUCGAGCUCGACGAAGCAGCUUUCUCCGUCCCCGUCCUGCGAGCUCCUCCCCAUCCGUGCCUCCUCUUUGGUCGGACAGCUGAGGGGGGAGUUACCCUGCCACAGCUCCUCCGUCCCCUCACCUCCGUCCCUCUCGCCGGUCGAGGACUGCAGGUCCCGCAGUAACGGGGGACGGAAGGCCAUCAACAUUCAGGAGAAGUUCAAGUUCUCUUCCUUUGUGACGGAGGAAAGCAGGAGGGAGGUCAGAGACAAAGAAUCAUCGCUGCCUCCCAAAAAACGGCACAGUUCUCUCUCCUCCUCCUCCUGCUGCAACCACCUCCCCUCCUCUUCCUCCCUCCUCCGUCCACACAGUGUAGACGAGGGCAAGAAAGAGAACGUGCACAACUUCGUGAUGGAGAUAAUUGACAUGACCUCACUGGCACUGAAGAGCAAAGACGUCCAGGCUGAAGAACCGAACCAGAGCGAGAUCAGCGGGUCCAACUCAGACCAGAGUCCUGCAUCACUAACACAGAUCAGAGACAAGGUCCUCGAACACUCCCACCGGCCUCUCCACCUCCGUAAGGGAGACUUCUACUCCUACCUGUCUCUCUCCUCCCACGACAGCGACUGCGGCGAGGUCAGCCAGUGCUCCGAGGACAAGAGCUCCACUCCUGCGCCCUACAACAUCCCGUCUUACUCCACGCCGACACAAGGCCUCCACAGCCCGAGCCCCGAGCUGUUUACAAGCCCCAAACAGCAGCAGAUACCGACCUCAGACGCAGCUGAGUCUUCCAAACGCUCCCCUACCGGCCUCGACUCCAAGAACGACUUCUGCGCUCUUGAUUUGAAGUCUGCUGAUAGCCAGACUAAUGGUAACGAGGACCCCGAUAACCCCUCUCUAUCGGUGCCCCCCAGCCCAGACAUCAGAGAUGAGGAGACCCUGUUUGCAGCCUGUACUGAGGAGGUGUACCUGGGCCCGCCUCUCUGCUACAGCAUGGUGCUCAACAAGAAACCACGGAGGGUCUCGCUGAAGGAGAGUUCGGGGUAUUUGUCCUCCCUGGGCUCUGGCUAUGAACUGAAGGACAGUCUAGCUCAAUUGCCUUGCUCCAAAUCUACUGAUAGUCUUCAAUAUUUGUCUCAAAAGGGGCCCAGUUCUGAACCAGCUGACAGUCUGAGCUACCUGUCUCCCUCAAAGGAGUCUUUACUGGAUAGAAACCUGCAUUUCCAGGUGACAACAGACACAACACAGAGCUCCUCCUCCUCCUCUCCUCUCCUAGAGCCUUGUUACAGCUCAUUUUCCACCUCCUCGCCCUCAAAGAGCGCCUCCCCCUCUCUCCGGGGGCCCGGCUCCGAACCAAGAGACGACAACCCUUCCUCUCCUCCUCCCUUGUCCUCAGGCGCUGAGGAAGAGAAGCGAGGUGAGGACCCGUACCUCCUCUGUGAUGUCGCUGGAGGAGAAGUCGCGGCCGCUGCGAGUGUCAGCGCGCCGCAGGAGGAGAGGAGUCGUAAUGAGGGGCCUCCUUAUCUUAAUCCCCGGGCGCGUGUCGCCCCGAUAGACUCCUCCGCAGCCGAAUGUUUGGCAGAUACUAAAACGCUUGAAUCCAAUAUGGGCGCCGUAAUGACCAAGAUAAGUGUCUGCAGCUCCGCUACAAAUCCCUCAAAAGAGCCAGCCGCCACCGCCACGCGUAUUAAUCCCAAAAUUAACUGCUCGGCGAUGAGAGAGGCAGAUAGGGAGGAGGGGGAGAGGCGAGGAGAGGUGGAUACUCGGCGGGUGAAGCAGGAGGAGAAGGGGAGGAGAGGGCGGAGCGGCUCGCAGCAGGAAGCAAAGACAGCACGGGCGAAGCAGGUCGGUUCUCAGUCAGCCGCCAAUCACGCCACCAGGGCUGCACAGGGGCGGAGCCAAGCCUCAUCGAGACUGCCCACCUCGAGGACGGUGCCAGUCAGAAGACUACCUACACUGGGAGCAGGAACCUCCAGGAUCCAGCUGUAAGGGAGCUCUCUCCAUCUCCUCCCCAGCUGAGCUGAUCUCUCUCCUGGGCUUCAUCUCUCCGGCCGUCCCCUCUCUGCUCUGCUCCUGGAGCCUUCUCAUACCUCUGAUCUCUCAUUUCUCACUGCUGUAACUGAACGGAUCUUCAAAAGACUGGACAGAAAACUCAACCUGUGCGGUUUCAGGUUGACCUUCAAACCGAUUCAGACUAAUUCUUAAUUGAGGAUAAUACACGUUGUGGUCAUAUCCACCAUUUUAACAGUAAUAAUGAGUUAAAAUUCAGGGUUAAACUUGUGUUCAGAAGCAGCCUUUAGGGUUUGCCUGAGCAUAUUUUUGAGUCAGACUGAGGACAGUAUAUAGCAUUUACAGAAAAGUACAGCUCGAGUGUGGUUAAGAAGGCGGUUUUUAGAGUUGUGAGGAACCUAAUUUAGUGAAAUUACAUCCAACAAACAUUUAAAUGUGAUUAUCGAGCCACAUUUCUGAAGUGAAAAUCAAAUCUUUAAUGUUCCGACUAAGAAGUUACAUGUCAUAUUUAUUACAUAAGAUAAAAGCCCUCCAAACAAUACAAAACAGCUUUUUUUAUUCUAAAUGGCAAAACCCAGAACCAGCUUCAUCUUUUUGUUCAUUUUAUUUUUAUGUAUUUUUUUUAAGCAUGCUGUGGAUUGUCAUGAUCGAGUUCUGCAACACAGAGUGCAGAUAAAGAGGCGAAUAUUUAAAACACUUUACUGAUGCCACUUGAACUGCACCAAUGAAGUAAGCAUCUGACAUUUCAAGGAGGAAGAAUAAAGCACCAAGAGAUGGUGUUGAACUGACCUGGGAUCAGCUAGAUUUGACUGGUUUACACUCAGAUGGACCCUGUCUUCCUUACUGUAUUUCCUCGUUGAUGCUACUUCCUGUUGUUUUGCUUAAAGAUAUGUUAGACUGGUCUGCAGAGCUAGUCUUGCUUGUAAUUCAUCUAAUGUGAGUGGACAAAAAUGAAAAAUAACGAGGUUUUAAGCUCUAAAUAGAUGGCCAACAUACUCCCAAGCCAUCUCAAAUCUAGGAGGUGAGUUUCCAUAGUAACCAUCAAUGCCACCUGCAUGUAACCACUAAAUCAUCGUCUAAAGAGCUGAUUUAUUUGGCAAUUCUAAUAAUUCCAUCUAUAAAGAAUAGCCACCAAAGAAAUAACAACUCCUAGCUGCUCUUAGCAACAAAACAAAAAGAUUCCUACCAAACAGAAACAGUGAAACAAAAGUGGCAAAUCUGUCUGAUUAUCAGGCUAAGCUGCUUGUUUUUACAUGUUUUAAACCACUUUUAAAAGUAUUUUUGCAGCCCUGUCUGCUGAGUGGUUGCAGUGGUCGUUUUUUUUAAAGCUGCGUCAAGCGAUUUUUGACCAGUAGGGGGCAGAAAGACUCCCCAAAAAAGCUGACUGAAAUAAACCCUGAUAUGUCAUUGGCUAAUCAAGUUAUUCUGGCUAACAUUUUUGCGAACACAUCCAGCAUCUCACUGGACUCAUGUUUCUGUCUACCUGAUGACUAUAAAUCCAAUAUUCACUCUCUUUUCACUCUGGUUUGGUCUCAUUGUCAUAUUUAAACCAACAGCGAGUCAGACUUCAGGUAAACAUCAAAGAAACCUUUCAGCUUUUGUCUUUCUUCAUCCCUCACAAUCUUCUUCCUGUGUUCCUCUGGAGCUACCUCAGUAUUGUUCUGCCACCACUUGAACACACACACAUACACAUAUCUUUAGCCAGUCUGCAUGACAUAUUGCUAUCUCAGUUAUUUCAUGCUGCGGUUGUGUACAUCCUGUUAUAAUACACACUGUUAAAACUGUAUGCUGCGGUGUUGUAGCACAUGUAGCAUGUUACUUCCUAAAAAAUAAGACUUGGUCUAUUUGUCUGUCUGUAGAUGAUGCCAGUAUUCAUAAUGUUAUGCUGUGACUUGGUCAAACUCAGUAGAUCUGCUCACAGUCGUAGGUGUGAUAGAAACUUGUCAUCCUGUGGUAUCGUCACCACACUGCAAGCUUGUGAAUUACAGGUCUUGAAUAACUCAGUAGGUAAACUGUUAUAUCGGCAUCACACAACCACAGAGUGUGUGUGAUUUAUUAGACAGAAAGCAGAACAAAUGUUUUCCACUUUUGAGCUUUCAAGGCGUUCUGGCUUUAAAGCAGCCAUAAAAAGCUCUUGCCUGUGUUUUCAGAUACAGUUAUCUUUAGGUAUCUGAAAUAGUCAAAUCUGUUAAAGUUGAACUAUAGUUGUCAUUAUAGGAACUGAAACUCUGCCUUUUUAAAGCUAUCACUAAGAAAUGUUUAAAAGGUGGCAAGAACUUAACAAAUAGGAAGAAAUAAAGUCAUUAACAGAUACCAAACCACUGGAGACAUCUGUUUGUGAUUUAAACAAAGGGACACAACCAGUACUGUAAAGUAUUAUCAUUGAUAGGUGAUACAAAAGAUUGGAGGAAAUCGAUAAGUAUGAAAGCUACAAAUCUUCAAACAUGUUUUGACUUUGUUGUGAACAAAUACAAAUCAAAAAAUCUAACUUUAACGGACAGAAAGAAGUGAAAUAACUCAUAUUAAACUGUACGUAUAGAAGCUAAAAAUAGGUUUUGGCUUCAAAGUGUAGAAAAUUACAACCAAAUAUCAAACAAUCGCUGCUAGACUUUGACUUUGUCAUGCAGUUGAUUUGGAGUUGUGUCUAACUGUGGGACCUAAAAUGCUAAACCUUGAGACCGUCCUCACAAGAACAACAACAGCAUAGAGCGUUUGUUGAGAUGCUUGAAACUACCUAUAUUUACCUGACAGGUGCUCCUUGUCUGUCAGGAGCAAAUAAGGGACAGAAAAGAAGACACUGAUAAAUGAGUUAGCCUGCUGACAAUGGAGUCAGUCAGAUCACAAAACUUUCACAUUUUUCAUUUUUUAAGGCACUGAAAAAGGAUUUAUUUUGCUGUUCAGUUUGGUUAGGACUUUGGAGGACUUUGGUUACUCUUUCAUUGCAUCAUUUAAGUGUUGUUGAAGUAUUUUACUUUUGCGCCUUUUUUGACAUAAUUCGGACAAGUGAAAAAAUAUCCCUGAUGAUGUAGUAAAGACCGGUUACUUGGUGUAACACUCAGUAUUACACUAACAGAUCGAUUGAUUUGGUAGAAUGGAGUGUCCAUUGCUUUUUUAAAGUAUACAGACAAAACAUGGAACAUGAGGUAAUCAACAAGACAUAUUAAUCAUAAGCUGAGAGACGACUACAACUCUACUCUCUGGCUUUUUGGAGAUUCGACUCCUUUGUCACCGAUGCUCGAUCUUGACUUUGACCAUGGCUGGUUUGUAGUUUUGUCUACUCUUGCAUCUACAGGCUGUGUCCCAUUUUUCAGAGUCCUUUGAAGGCAGGACAACAAUCCUUCUCAAAGGCCCCUUCAAAUGUAGUUUGGAAGUGCAGCCUGAUCUCGUCCAAAUUUGGGCACUCAUGGUCAGCACAGUUGGUAUUUACCACUUUUUCAACAAUUCAAGUGCUACCUAUUGGUGGUAAACUCAAGAUUUUCCAAAUUCUACACUGACGAGGAUUCCUGAAUGUACCAUUGGUUUUCUCUAAAAGGAGGAAGUGGUGAUGACGUUGUGGUGAGCCCUUUGUAGACCAUCACAUUUGGAGAAGGACUGGUUCAGCCUGCUAGACCUUUCAGAGGCUGUCUGAUUUUGACUAUGGAAAACACAAGUGUUGUUCCCUCUGCAUCCCUGAGCAUCAAAAGACUAUCUGCAAGCAUUCAUGGUCAGUCUAGUCGGUACAGUUGGUAUUUAACACUUUGUCAACUGUUCAAGUGCAACCUCUUUGUGGUAAACUCUACAUUUUCAACCGUUAUACGCUGAAAAUGACUCCCUGAAUGUACUCGUUCAUUAGAGGGAGGAAGUGGUAAUGAUGCUUUGGUAAAUCUUCAGUAGACUCUCUCAUUUGAGGAGGGCAGGUUCAAGCUGCUGGUUUUCUGCUAGCCUUUUCCAGAGUCUGUCCUCUUCAAAGUCAAGUCAACAGCGUUGUCUCUGUGUCUCUGACAAACAAGACAUUCUUUGCAAGCAUUCGUGGUUAGUCCAGUAAGCACAGGUGGCUAUUUUAGUACCUUGUCAAGUUUAUCAAUCAGCAAUGACUUCCUCAGCAUACCCUUAAUCCAAAUUUGGAGAACACGGCCAUUGUUCUCUCUGCGUCGCUGAGCAACAAACAAAAAAAAGCACUCAUGGUCUGUCCAGUUGGCAUUUAUCACUUUGUCAACUGUUUAAGUGUAACUUCUUGGUGGCAAACUUUACAUUUUCAAACUUUGAGCUGGAAGUGGUGAUGAUGGUGUUGAAUCCUCUGUAGACCAUUUCAUUUUGGGGAGGGACGGGUUCAGUCGGUUAGCUUUCAGGUCUCGCCUUUGCAGGAUUCAUUGCCUUGAAAUGGGACACAGCUACCUUUUGUUGGGUGACCAACCAUCACUUUGUAGUCCUCACUGAUUCUAAAAACUGGCUAGCUUGGAGAUGUGGUGAUGAAGUCACUGUGCUCUGUAUCAAUGGAAAUAUUAUCUGCACUCAUCAGGUCAAAUCUAGCUCUACAUUCUGAGUACAUUUUGACUUUUCCCCUCUUUGCUGUCAGCAGCGUCUGCAAACUGAAGUGAUGAACCAGGUGUCCAAAAAUAUAAGAUAAAUAAAAACAAAAUGGUAUUUUAUCUAUGCAACACGACCAAAGUUGGCGAAAGCUGAAGCGGUGUUGUUGUGUAGAUGUGAAGGUUUGAUGACUGUUGAUGAGGACGUGUGUUGUUAUUAAUACUGCUGUAUGUAUGUACACCACUACUGUACCAUGUAUUGUUUCCUUUUUUAUUUUGUAGAAAACUGAGAUGAUUAGCAGUGACGCUGGGGUGUUGGGAGGGGUGUUGGGACAGGUGUGUUUAGGACAAAAUAGGGUUUGAAAUAUUUAAAAUAUAAUUGUGUGCCUUGCUCUACUGUUACAUCUUCUACCUUUUUUGUUAAUUAAAAACACUGCUUUCCCAGUUAGGUGAUAAAAACAUGCAACAAAAAAAUAAAAAAACGACAAAAACGUUUCAAGCAAGGUUCGAUUUGAGCUUGUGUAUAUAUGUAAAGGUGUAAAACCUUGGUGUAAAAUGCAGAGGGAGGAAUGCUUGGUGUUUGUGUUUAUUUAACUCUGUAUGUGAUCUGUGAUGUGGAAUAUCUUUAUUAUUAGUAUUGGCCAUAAAGAGCUUGACUGCAUGGUUCCUGCUAACUGUAAAACCAACUGUUGACAAAUAAACUUAAUUUAUUGGAAAAACAGAA